AUGACAUUGCUAAAGAUGUUUGGUGAUUUCAGGAAGAACACCCCUGAAGAGCGAAACAUCCGUUUUGGCGUUAGAGAGCAUGCAAUGGGCGCCGUUUGCAAUGGCAUUGUUGUGCACAGCCCUGGCCUGAUACCUUACUGUUCGACAUUCUUUGUGUUCACUUACUACAUGAGAGCUCCUAUACGGCAUUAUCUGAAUUUUGUGAUGACUCAUGAUUCCAUUGGACUUGGAGAAGAUGGGCCGACACAUCAACCGGUUGAGCAGUUAUUCAGCCUCCGAGCAAUGCCAGGCAUAUUAAUGCUCCAACCAGCUGAUGUAAACGAGACUUCAUGCUCUUAUAGGAUCGCGGUUAUCAACAGGAAAAAGCCCUCCAUCCUUGCACUCUCUCGACAGAAACUCUCUCAGGUGGAAGGAACUUCGGUUGAAGGCGUUGCAAAGGGAGGCUACGCCAUUUCUGACAAUUCAUCGGGAAACAAACCUGACCUCAUCCUAAUCAGCACACGCUCCGAGCUCGAGAUCGCAGCAAAAGCAGCCGAUCAGCUGAGGAAGGAGGGGAAAUCUGUACAGGUUGUCUCGCUUGUUUGCUGGGAAUUAUUUGAGGAGCAGUCUGAGGAGUACAAGGAGAGUGUCCUACCAAGCGAGGUUACUUCCAGGAUUAGCGUCGAAGCCGGCGUCACACUAGGAUGGGAGAAGUAUAUAGGACAGAAGGGCAAAGUAAUCGGCAUUAACCGUUUCGGUUCAAGUGCUCCUGCUGGAAGAAUAUACAGGGAGCUUGGUUUGACGGUGGAGAAUCUCAUUGCAACAGCCAAAUCACUGUAA